GUGAUGAUAAAAAGUGCAUUGUAUGCAACAAUAAAAACUGCAGAGCUGUGAGUGACUGUCCAACAUAUCAGUCGUUGGAACGCAGUGAAAAAUGGAACGUGGUGAGAACCAAGAAGCUUUGCAAAUACUGUUUGGGUGUGCAUAUGGGAGAAUGCAGGAAAAAGAAAAAGUGCGGCGAGGAAGGCUGUGAGUACUAUCACCAUUCUUCCCUACAUCGAUAUACGUCACCUUCACCACCUGUUGGAAGCAAACAAACGUCAAAUCAAAAUAUGACAAACAGUUCAAAUGAAAGAGACGUGAUACAUAAUUCCCACAAUAAUAUGUUGACAAAUAUUUUGUUUAAAAUUGUGCCAAUUACUAUAUAUGGAAAUAAUAAAAGCAUCGAAACCUAUGCGUUUAUUGAUGAGGGUUCGUCGGUCAGCCUUAUGGAUAAUUCAAUUGCCAGUGAUCUAAAAAUUGAUGGUGUGGCUAGCCCCCUGUGUUUGAAAUGGACGGGAGGGAACAGCAAAACCCGUGUGUCUUUAAACCGCAGCGUUAUCGCCAUCUCCGAAAUUUGCCUGUUAAAAGUUAUGUGAACGCUGAGCCAAAACUACUUAUUGGAUUAAAUCAUCUUAAUUUGGGUAUUUCCAACAAGAUUCGUGAAGGUGCCUCCAAUGAGCCUGUUGCUGUCCGAACGAAACUGGGAUGGCUCAUAUACGGCACAACAUCCGAACCAGAUCAUACAAGUAAGCCAUUUAAUUUUCAAGUAUGUAAUUGUACAGCUAGCGAUGAAAAAUUAGAUGAGUUAGUAAGAAGUUUUUACACACUCGAGAGCAUUGGGAUAUGUACAAAAGACCCUCUUAAAUCUGAAGAUGAGAGUCGAGCAUUAAACUUAUUAAGCAAAUACAUGAAGCAAAAGGCAAGUGGUAAUUAUGAGGUUCCAUUAUUAUGGAAGUUUGAUUGUGUCGAACUGCCAAACAGUUUUGAUAUGGCUAUAAAGCGGUUAACUUGCCUCGAAGGGAAGUUAAAACGAAACUUUGAUCUCUUAAACAUUUUUCGAGAUACAAUUUCUAAA